AUGCUCAAACGCAAGCCAUCUCGCGACCUGGCCAGCGGCCCCCACGUCUCCAUCUUUAGCGACGACCCCACGCUUAGUCGUCAUAAGCGGAAGCGUUCGCUCUUCCGUUCCAAACACAGCCGGGCGCAGUGGGUACCCGAACCAGAGCGCGACAUGAGUGAACUGCUAGAAUUCGUCUUGCAGCACGAAGAGGCCUUUAGGAACCAGUACCGCCUCGCAUCGCUCUAUGCAGACUUUCGGCAACAGCUCGAGAUCAACCCCGAGGGCUACCAUGCGAACAUUGCCGCAUGGACAAAGGCGCUUGUCGACGCCUCGCGAGCGGGUGUCGUUCCCAGACAGGGUACCACACACGAUCUCCUAAGCAUACGAGCCGCCGACGAGCUCGCGCGAGCCCUGCAACACCCGCAACAUGGCAAGCCCACCUGUCUGCCGGCCGUGUUCCAUGAGGCAGUCCAGAAGAAGGAGAUGGUACCCCUGAAGGACUUCUUGACAGCGAAAGAAAGCAUAUACAAGACAUCGUGGAUACCAUCACCAUGGAAGGUGCUCCAGUGGAGUCUGCGGCAGGUUGGCGUUUUGGGGCAGGUACAAGCGCCAGCCAAGAUGGAGGUUGGAAACUUUGUGGUCGUCAAGAAUGUGGAGGUUGCUGCAGACGAGAUACUGAAGAAGAUGAAGGAGCACACGUCUACGGCUGAUCGGGUGCUAUCAAAAACAGACUUCCUGAAACGUUUCGCGACUGUCCUCAAUCCAACUGCACCGCUUACGACAAACGAUGUGGACAUUGUCCUUACAUUCCUCGCUAGAGACAAGCAAGCGAUAUCUUACAACGAGCAGACGAUCAAGUUCAAGCCGGAGCACGAGGACGUGCCUCUGCCAGUUACGGAAGAGGAUGCCGCCAUCGCCAAUCUCCGCGACACACUAGCAAAUAUCAACGCCCAGAUAUCGCCAAUUAUGGAGAAGAUUGCUCUGGCAGAUGCAGCGGCACGGGAGGCCGUGGUUGCGAAGCAGAUGGUCCGCGCCAAAGCUGCACUGCGCUCGAAGAAGCUUGCCGAGAACGCUCUCAAGCAGCGUUCCGAUGUUGCCCUCCAGCUCGAGCAAGUCUACACAGACCUACAACACGCAGCUGAUCAAGUCGAGAUCGUGGAGGCCAUGCGCGCUGGUGCUGCUGCGCUCAAGGGUCUCAACGAGAAGGUUGGCGGUGCAGAGGGCGUUCAAGGUGUUGUUGAUGCCGUCAACGAACAAAUGGCGACUACGGAAGAGAUUACGAACAUCAUCAACGAAACCGACCAGCCUCUCGACGAGGGCGAGAUUGACGAUGAAUUCGAAGCACUGGAGAGGGCGGAUCGCGAGAAGCGGGAAAAGGAAGAAGCCGAGAAAACUGCUGCGAGGCUGGCGGAACUGGAGGCAGUGGAGAAGAACCGCAAGGAGAGGGAGUCAGUCAAGACGGACGAGACAGAAGAACAAGUCGACGAGGCAUCUCAGAGCAUGGCAAGGAUGUCGUUCCACCAGCCAGAUGAUGAGAUGGAGGAUACUGAAGAGAAGCGCACAGCUGCUUAUGCCUAG